AACACUGCACUCUGGCACACACAACUUCAGUGUGUGUACGAGACUCAGAGGCAACGACCAAACUUUUCGUCAAGUGCUUUUAUCAAGUAGCUUUUUAUAUCAAAUACUGUACAGAUUACAGCCGUUAUUCUCUGACUUCAGGAUUAACACCCACCUCGCAGCAUGUGUACAGGAAAAUGUGCGUUUUGCGUCGGGACAAGUCUGUACCCGUUGGCGGUCAUCUCCAUAAUCUGUAAUAUUAUGCUGUUUUUUCCUGGCUGGGAUGUAAAGUACGCGCAGAACAAACAAAUUACAGAGGAGGUCAAAUAUAUGGGAGGACUGGUUGGAGGGGGGAUAAUGGUGUUGAUUCCAGCAUUUCACAUUCACCUGACUGGAAAGCAGGGUUGCUGUGCUAAUCGCUGUGGGAUGUUCCUGUCUAUUUUAUUUUCAGCAGUGGGUGUAGCUGGCGCCCUUUAUAGUUUCAUAGUGGCUCUGAUGGGUCUAAUCAAUGGACCAUACUGUAAAUAUUUACUUAUCUUAUGGGGAACUCCUUUUAAAGACGGAACCGAGAGUUACCUUAAGGACCGUAGCACGUGAAAAUGCAUUGAGCCAAACAAUGUGGUGGAGUUUAAUGUGGGUCUGUUCUCAACACUGCUCGUGACCAGCGCAGUGCAACUCGUCCUCUGUGCCAUUCAGAUGAUCAACGGCCUAUUCGGCUGCCCUCUGCGGAACCUGCAAAGAGAAAGGGCCGCUGUAAGCCGUCACUGCUCCAGAUGCCAGGGAGAUCAUGUCUACCAUCCACAUCCCAGACUCCCUGAUCAGUUAACAAGCGCCCUCUUGUGGAAGAUGCUCUCUGAACGUUGAAAUAGAGCUUUAUUUGUACUUUCUGUGUGUACACUAAUCUUGUCACAUUCACUGUUUGAAGUUGAUUGCUGAUAUUUUGGUUUAAUACUUUUUUUUCUCCAAGUAACAGCUUAUGUAUAACGACUUCCAGAUUGAAUAAUAUUUUAAAGGAAAAGUACUUUAAUGACAUAGCAUUUGUUUUGUAUCUAUCUGUAUUUUUAUAGUUUAGAAAUUAAAUAAACAUACUGAAAAUAAAAAAAAACAUCCAAAUGGUUACACAAUGUGGGGAAUGUGACUUUAAUCCACAUUUAAUAUUAUACAACUUAAUUAUCUCCAGAAAUCUAGGAUUUAGCAUAGAGUUAAUUCAAAAAUCACUUAAAAACAUUUAAAAUAAGUCAAAUACACAUGCAUGAAAAAACAAACAAAAAAACAGUCCUGGUCUUGCAAUUCAAGUUUGUAAAGGGGGUUAGGGUUCCUCAAAUAUAGAAUAUGAAAAUGUAAUACUGCAAUACUGUACUGGUUACAUCAGUAGUUUUAAAUGACUUGAAAGAUGGAUGUAAGCCGGGUCUGUCUACUGUGUAAAUGUUUUUUGGCAGAAUGACAAUGUAACAAACAUAAAGACCAACAUACAGUGGGGUCCAAAGUCUGAGACCACACUGAUCAUCUGGAAUUCAUAUUUUACAAGAUUU